GACACACUUCAUAAUUUAGAAAGACAAAUCUAUGCAUUUGAAGGCAGCUAUUUAGAGGAUACUCAAUUGUAUGGAAACAUCAUCAAGGGAUGGGACAGAUACCUCACUAAUACAAAGUUAGUAUUAUUAUAUUUUUUAUUUCAAAUAUUGUAUAAACAUACUUAUCUGUUUGAAUAGCCAUAUUUUUCUCAUUGUACCGGUAUUAGUAUUAGCUUAUUGACAUUGAUGGAGUAAUGUUGAAUUUUUUUUUUUAUUCAUACUUUGGAGCAAUGAUAUCUCUUUCUUUCAUACUUUCAGAAAUACUAAUAGUAAGGCAGAUAAACGUAACAGAAAAUUCAAAGAAGCAGAUAGAUUAUUCUCCAAGUCGUCGGUAACGUCAGCAGCAGUAAGUACUUAAUUCAACAUACUAUAAAUUAUAAAAUAUGUGCAAAGUAUUUAUAUUUAUGUUUAAUCAGUUUUUUAUAUGCUGUAUUUUGUUAAUUGUGAGUGUGUUAUAAGUACCCUAUGAUUUUAAAAAAAAAUAUUUUGGUAUCCUAAUAUAUUAUAUAAAUACAUGUGUGCAUUAUUAGAUGUGGGAUUGCUUUAUUUUUUUUUCUACUUCUUCUACAGGCAGUAGCUGGUGUUGCUGAGAAUGAAAAAAGUAUGUUGCAUUUUUUAAAUGUUUCUUCACAUUCUUUUAAACACUUCUUUAUCAUUGUGCAAUAUUUUUUAAGCAGCAUUUCCAAUCUGUUGCUUACAAACAGAGAAGAGAUAAAAACUUGUUGGUUUUUUUUUUGGAUCUGGCAACUUGGAUUUUAUAUUUUUGCCAUCUUAGAAAUAAAAUUAUAUAAACAAUAUUAGACAAACAUGGGGACUGACUAACGGUCAACAUGUGAUAUAAAAAAUUAUUGUUAAACAUGUGAUGAAUGAAAGGAAAUUUAAUCUUAUUAUUCUGAGUUCUGAUGCAACUACUUUUCAUUUGCUUUUGAAGGAGAGCCUGCGAGCCCAGAGUCUAACACAACAACACCAGCUGUACAAACUAAUGGGGCAAGUUCUCCAACUGGCAGUACGGCAAGCAGUGGCAAUAUCCCAGCAAAUACAGCAUCUACCGGCAAAGUCAUGAAAUCUGCGUCCAAACACAAAAAGUCAGCUAAAAGCAAAGCAAGAAGCAGGUGAGGAAAGCUUGUUUUCGAUAAGUUAUUCAAAAAAUUAAGAUGUAAGUUUUUGUUUUAAAGUACCAAAAUCUUUGCCUAACUGUAUAGAGGGUGUUUCAACUCAAAAAAAUACCGGUAUUUCAGUUCUGAAUCAGUAUUUAACAAAUUUUCAUUUCUGAACAUUAUUUUUCAACGGCUUUUUGAAAGGUCUUAAACUACCAGUUGCUGCAAGGUUUGCUUGAGGACAAUUCAAUGGCUUACAUUGGCAAAUUUUAAGAUAGUUAAGCACUGUGCCUCUUUACAAAAUGUAUACCAAAACUAUUUGUGUGCCACAUGUUUGAUAACCUAGGGCUAGUUUUUUUAUUUUUUAUGACAAAAGAAUGCAAUACAUUUAAAUUUGUUUGCAUCUGUAUAUAUUUAAUGAAUCUCAAAUUUGCCCCUGGUUCGACUAUCAGUUCUUGGUCGAUUAUUAUGUUAUUGUAAAGAAUGCAGAAAAUUGUGGCGAUUAAAAACAUCUGUUGGGAGUGUCUUAAUAAUGGCAAUCUCUGUGUACUUUUUUGUUCUACUAUCAGAUCUGAAGGUAAACAGAAAAAGGGCAAAGACUCCAACAGUUGUAAGUGA